UAAUUUUGUCUAAACCCACCGCUGGCGUUGAGCUAACGCCUUUAUUUUUAUUUGAAUACACACUGUAAUCAAAUUCUAGGGUUUUUCAAUCUCGCGCUCUGCCAGCCUAAAACCCCCAUUUUCAAAUCUCAGUUCCUCGUCUUCCAAUACAUACAGGACUGAGAAGAUAAUGAAUACAGCAGUGCGAACCCCGAAAACUGGAAGACAAUCAUUGUUCUUCCAGGAUUUAGCUACACCUAUUUCUUCCCGGAAAACGGGAUCGAAAUUCAAUACCCCAGGUCAGGCUGCAGCUGUAUCCGCCUUAUGGCGUGAGAAUUUCGCGACUUCAGAUCUGCCACCGCCGCCUGUAUUUACACUCGAAGAUCGCUCGGACGUCUCCCCGGAAUCGGGGAUUCCUGACUAUAUUACUUCACCAGAAGUUAAGUCUGACCCUAGAACGCCGGUCCAAAAUUCAGGAAGGGAAUUUUCAACACCUAAGACUAAGUCUGAGGCAAGCACUUCAUAUGCAUUGAUGGGUAGGCAACAGCAACAGAGCCAGCAAAGCCCGUUGCCGAGUUUGACCUGGUGGUCCCCGACGAAGGGUAGUGGUAGUGCUGAGCAGGAUGACAAGGGCAAAGGUUCACCUGUAGAAGGCGUCGUUCAUCCUGGUGCUUUGAUAACCUUGCCUCCACCGAGGGAAGUUGCGAGGCCAGAGAUCAGGAAAAACUCUUUCCCUGUGGGGAACCUCGAUGAUGAAGAAUGGGUCACAGUUUAUGGGUUUUCCCCAAUUGACACCAAUUCAGUUUUACGGGAAUUUGAGAAAUGCGGCGUCAUUUUGAAACACAUUCUCGGCCCCAGAGAUGCUAACUGGAUGCACAUUCUCUAUCAGAAUCGUGCUGAUGCUCAGAAAGCUCUUAACAAAAAUGGUAUGCAGAUAAAUGGAGUUCUUAUGAUUGGAGUUAAACCAGUGGAUCCAACACAACGUCAGGCACUGAAUGAUAGGCUCAACAAGCAAGGAUUUAUACCUUUGCCGCAUGCUCCGUCCAGUAAAAGCAAUGAUCCGACUCCGUUUCGAACCUCCUCUCAACCUUAUUAUCUCCAAAAUGGCAGCAACAGUGCAAAGCAAUCAUCUGGAACUGUUGCCACCCCAGCGAGAUCCGUUGUGUCUAAAAUUGUGGACUUAAUGUUUGGUGUCUAAUCUUCCAUGGUUCUUGUUCUUCCUCCCAUGUGCUUUUCUGUUAUUUCUACUCAACGAUGGCAAACAUAAAAAUUGAUCCAUCCGGAAUGCAUAUUGACUCCAAACUACAGUUGAGGCAUUGAGCGUCUGAUUCUCACUCCCUUCCUCCCCCAUCCCUCUAUUCUCUGUUUCUCCUCCCAAUUCUUGUUCACGGUGCACUUGUAUUGAUUUGAGCACAAACUGGUCUCUUUUUUCUGGGAAAAAAAGGUUGUUGUAAUGCAGAUAUAGAAAUUUACCCCUUGCUCUUUC